AUGGAUUUGAUAAUAUCACUUAUUUUAUUUAUUACUCAGUUAUGUUAUGGACUAAAAGAAGAUUAUGUCAACAUAUUUAUUGGAACAAACAAUGAAUAUCGUUUAAGUAAUGGGAAUAUUUAUCCAUGCAUUGGAACUCCAUUUUCAAGCCAUUACAUAACAAUUCAAAACGUUGAUCUUAAUGAACCUUGGAUUUUUCAAUGGAAAAACAAAUAUUUGUUUCGUGGUUUAAGACUUACCCAUCAACCAUCUCCAUGGAUGAAAGAUUAUGACUAUUUACUUUUAAUUCCAACAGAAACAGAAGAACCUACUUAUGGUAGUAUUUAUUUUAUUGAACAAAAACCAUCACUUUUAUCAUUUUCAUAUGAAAAUAUGAUUAUUGGUGUUACUUCACGUCAACAUUUUUCAAUGAUAAAAGUUGAAAGUAAAAAUGUUUUAUACCUUCAUUUUAAAACACUUAAUGGAAUUAACCGAUUUAAUCAAAUUUCAUUAAAUAGAAUUGAUGGAAUAAUUAAAAAUGGAAAAGCACCUUCUCAUUUCCCAUUGUAUGUUACUUUAUUAACAAAUCAACCUAUUUCUUACUUUGAAUGUAAAGAGAACAAUGUAUUAGUUCAAAGUGGUAAUUCUCUUCAAUGUUAUAUUGAAUUAAACACAACAACAGAAAUUAAAAUUGGAACAAGUUUUAUAUCAAAUGAAUAUUCGUAUUCUCAUGCUUUAGAUUCAACUACAUUUAGUGAAGAAAUAAAAAAAAAUGAAAAAGAAUGGGAUAACUAUUUUAAUAAGUUUAAUAUAUACAAUUCUAAUCCUUCUUCUAUUGAAACUGAUAGAAAUACAUUUUAUUCAAUUCUUUAUAGAUCAUUAUUAUUCCCUCAUAAUAUUACUGAAAAUGGUUAUUAUAAAUCUCCUUUUGAUGGUAAAAUAUAUAAAGGAGAAAUGUUCACUGAUGUAGGAUAUUGGGAUAUAUCACGUGCUCAAAUUCCUUUACUUACUCUUAUUGCACCUUCUGUUGUUGAUCAAAUAAUUAAAUCAAGUUAUGAUAUUUAUAAACAAAGUGGUAAUUUUCCUCAAUGGAUUUCUCCAAACCAUAGAAAUAUCAUGGUCGGAAAUCACGUAAAUUGUGCAAUUGCCGAUGGAAUUAUUAAAGGUAUUAGCUCUUUAAAUAAAACAGAAAUACAAAUGAUUUUAAAUGGUCUUAUUGAUGAUCAAAAACAAAUUAAUUUCAAUCCAGCAAUAGGAAGAGAUGGAGUAAAUAAUUAUAAUAAUUUUGGAUUUGUAGAAUCUGAAGUUUUCGAAUCAGUAUCAAAGACAUUAGAUUAUUCUCAUAAUGAUUUUUGUAUUGCACAAAUUGCAAAAUAUGUAGGAAAUAAAACAAUCGAAGAUAUUUAUUUAUCUAAAGCAAAGAAUUAUAUUUAUUUAUUUAAUGGAAAAACUAAAUUCUUUGAAAGUAAAAAUAAAUUUGGUCAAUUUGAACCUAUUGUAAAUAAAAGAUGGGGAGACCCUUAUGUUGAAGGUAAUGCUAUUCAUUAUAGAUUUAGUGUAGUUCAAGAUAUCGAAGGAUUGACUAAUCUCUUUGGUGGUAAACAAGAAUUAGUAAAUAGCAUUGAUGAUGUAUUUACUGAACAAAAUAAUUUUUAUACUGGAAGAUAUAGAUAUAUAAUACAUGAAAUGACAGAGAUGGCUAAAAUUAAUAAAGGACAAUACGCUCAUGGAAAUGAACCAAUUCAACAUUUAAUAUAUCUUUAUAAAUCUUUAAAUAAAGGUGAACAAGCAGAAAUAUUACUUACAGAUAUUAUUCGUUCUUUAUAUUCAUCAACUGAAAAUGGAUAUUGCGGAGAUGAAGAUAAUGGUCAAAUGUCUGCAUGGUAUAUUUUAAGUGUAAUGGGAUUUUAUAGUGUUACACCUGGAACUGAUCAAUUUAUUACUGGAGUUCCUUUCUUUGAAAAAUUAGAGUUUGAGGUAAAUGGAAAGAAAACAAUAAUAGAAAAAAAUAUUGAAAAAGGUUCAAAGUAUGUUAAAAGAGUUUUCAUCAAUGGUAAUUGUUACCAUAAAUUAUAUUUUACUUAUAAAACAUUAACAGAAGGAAAUCACAUUGUCUUUGAAAUGGACGAUCAUCCAAGUAAUAAAUUUUUAUUAGAUUCUGAUUAUCCAUAUUCUAUUUCACCAAAAAUACAACGUCGAAGUUUUUCUUCAAUACAACGUUUGGAAAAUCUUAAAUAA